CUUUGAUGAUGUGAGCCUCUCACAGUUCAUCACUUGUAACCCUCACUGCAAGACUCUGAGACCAGCCUCUUUGCACCAGGAUUGAUGCCUCUGGUGGCUUUUUGACCAGGACAAACCCAAAAACAAAGACGAGGAAAACAUGUCCAGGCGAAAGGUGAAGGGCCUGACCCGUAUAGGUCGCCAAGUCAGUGAGGACCCAGACCUGGACAACCUGUUGUCGACUCUCUCCCCCGAGGAAAUAGAGGAGCUGAAGACAGACAUGAUGAAGGUGCCAGACCUUAACCCAGAGGAUGGGAUCAUCGUCCAAGGGGAGAACCAACCUGUGCAGCCACCUAUGAGUAACAAUGUCCGGGAUGCAAUGACACAGAGAGACAGCAAAGGGAGGCUUAGUCAGAGGGAACCAUCACUUGAGGGUGAGCAGAAGAAAGAGAGCCGGAAGCAGGAGUACCUGAGGAAGAUGGGUCUCAGCCAGGAGGGGAAUGACGACAUGAAAGCCGGACUGCGACGACAGUCCAGUGUCUCGAGUGAAAGAGAUAUCAAGGCGGAGGACAGAAACAGCAAAAGUCCUGAAAGUUCAAAAGAAGAUUGGAGCUGGCGUUCAAGUAGAAACAGAAAGCUGGAAAGGAGAGAGAGUGACACGAGAGAAGAGGUCCGUGACAAAGAGGACAACAGGCUGAGAGACAGAAGAGAAAACAGAGAGAGCACAGGCAGCAAAACAAAGGACAUGAUCUCCAAGUUACAGGAAAAAAAGGAUGAGAGCAAAGAGAAAGACCGAAGGGAAGACUGCAGGAAAAGAGAUGACAGCAAAACCAAAGACAUUAUCUCAAAGCUACGAGAAAAACGUGAGAAAGAUAUGGGCAAGGAAAAGGAGAGAAAAACAGAGAGUAUCAGGACGCAAGGCCUUGUCUCUAAAAUGGUGGAGAAACAGAGCAAGGCCUCAGAGAGCCAGGUUCAAGAGUGUAAACCAGAAGAGAAGAAGCCUAAAGCAGAGGAGAAGAAAUCUGAAGACAAAAACAAACCUGACGUCAAACUCGAACAACAACCCUCUGACAAGGGCGAGGUAAAACGUGACAAGACAGAAAAAAGAACAGCUAGAGAAGAGCUGGUUAACCACAGUGACCACGUGAAGGAGAAAUUUAUUGUUGAGAAGAAACCAGAAGAGAAAAGGGAAAGAGAGGACAGUAAGGUUAAGAAAGCUGAGGAAAGUGGGAAACUUGGCAACUGUGUGGCCAAAAACAGCCCCAACAGCAAGGCAAAGGAGGCAGAGGAGGAGGACGAAGAUUCAAGCAUGUUUGAUGAGCUCAUGCAGCAGGUGCGAAGCAAUGACCCCUCCCUCACUGAGCUCAAUGUCAACAACUCCGAGGUCAUCAAGACGAAAACACUCAUCGAGUUCGCACAAGCUUUGCACAACAACACCCAUGUCAAGACAUUUGCUCUUGCUAACUGCCGUGCGGAUGACCACGUCGCUUAUGCCAUUGCUGGCACACUACGCAGCAACAAGACUAUUACAAGCAUUAACCUCGACUCCAACCAUCUCACUGGGAAAGGCAUCCUAUCUCUCAUACAGGCACUGCAAUACAACUCCACGCUGACCGAGUUGCGCUUUCAGAACCAGCGGCACAUCUGUGGAGGGAAGACCGAGAUGGAGAUGGUCAAGAUCCUGAAAGAAAACACCACCCUGCUCAAACUGGGCUACCACUUUGAGUUAGCAGGACCUAGAAUGACCACAACAAACAUACUGAGUCGCAACAUGGACAGGCAGAGGCAGAAACGCCUGCAGGAGCAGAAGCAGGCCCAGGCCAAUGGGGAGAAGAAGGGGACACUGGAGGUGCCCAAGAGUGGUGGUGGUGUGUCUCUGAGGAGCUCUCCUAAAGCUUCCCCUAAACCAUCUCCCAUCCCUUCACCUGUGCCUUCACCAAAGCUCACUCCAAGAAGAGGAGCUGGAGGUCCAGCUCCACCACCACCUCCACCUCCUCCUGGGGGUGGACCUCCACCUCCUCCACCUCCUGUGCUGGAUGCAAACCGCCCAGGCGGUAGUAAGAACUCAAGGGACCAACUGCUUGCCUCCAUCAGAGGAAGCAAUAUUAAACAGUUGAAGAAGGUGCCGGUGCCAAAGUGGCUGCAGUAAUAUUUCCUGUUGGAAUAUAAAGUGAAGAAGAAGAGAGAGGGAGAACAGACAUCUCACCACAGGUUUUCUGGGGGAUAUAUGAUAUACACUCCCCUGGCCAGUUAAAGUGCAGUGCUGUGGGACAGAUGAAGACAGUGAAACAUAAGAUGAUUGGACAAUUAGCUCUCACUAUGAGUUCUCCCAACAAACACUGGACCAAAAGGACUCUGUGGAGAAUGAGUGAUGAAGGGCUCUCUGCAGAGAGUGCCGUGGAUUUGCGGCUGUUUGCCUUCAGUUCAUACUGACGCUUUGCUGGUUAUUUGCACUAGAUAAUAUGAAGCCAAUAACAUGAAUAUAACAUGUUGGCUUGUGUAGGCAUCUGAAUGUGAGUGUGUGGGGAGUGUGUAAGAGAUAAUCAGAGAUUCAAAUAAAUCUGUAAAACUCUAAUAUUCAAAAGUAUGUAACUGAUAUAGUGAACAUUAAUUUGACAAGUUAUUUAUUUGUGGAGAGGGAAUCCACCUUAUCAGCUGUAAAUCUGUAAAUCAAACUGGGAGUCCAGAAAUGGAAGAAAUAUCAGGGAAUUAACAAAUGUGGUGGCCUGAAAAGAAAAUCCGGGUGGGUAGAAAAAAAAAAUGUCAAGGUGGUCUUUGAUUGUGUGUCUCAAAUCUCAAGACAUCUCAGGCAGGCUUGGAAAGCAGCCCAGUGUAAUCCUGACUGAUGAUGAAUGAAUUUUAUAACGGAAAUAAUUUCAUCAGACAUUUUAUCAGGAAAUGCAGGAAGUUAAGUUUCAGCGUCUGAUGUUGUGUUUUUUACAGAAUCGUUCUAGCCUGGGUUUUACAUCCAAAUGUCUUAAAGACCAUGAAAUCAACCCUACUGUUGAUUAGUGCGGUACUUUAAAGUGAAUGUCAGUUCUAAAGGAAAUUUAAUGUGAUUAACAAAAACCUGAGUGUUGCAAUGAAGCACAUACAUGUCUUCUUACACGUCGUUCUUACAGAGCCUGUAUGUUUUCAAUAAAAGUUUCUGCUAUGUUUGCAAGUGUAACGUUA